GCCGGGACUGAAAUGGUUGGAAGGAAUGCGAUUUGUUAUCUGUGUGCUCGUCAAAACACACAAAAAACAACUUUAUAGGACGUUGGUGGUUUUCCCUUCACUUUCUUCUUACGAGUGCACACUUCAAGUCUAGUUUCGACGCAUUAUCUGUCAGAAAAACAUGUUCCGAAGACGAUCAAGCAGUCGCUAUAGCAGAGGGUCGAAGAGGAAAAAUAUUUUCUUGGGAUUUGAUGAGUUCGGAUUUGCAAUAUAUCGUAAAAAUUCACAUGAAAGCAAAAUGCAACACAGGUGUCACGAGUACAGCUAUCCUAAAAUGGACAUAAAAACUCUGAACAGACUGGAGGAACUCCUUAGAAAUUGGGAUCAAAGCAAUUAUGUUUGCAGAAAUAAGUUAAUUCCAUUCAUCCAUGCAGGUAUUCCUGCUAACUUACGUGGUUUUGUUUGGAAAUGUCUCCUGGGAACUGAUACUCUUCAAGAAAGCAGUGAUUUUAGUUAUCAGGAAUGUCUGAGAGAAAUUAGGAUGGUACUUGUUGACUUGGGUGUGAGUGAAUAUGGAAUUUCUUCAGCCAUUAUUACUCUUACUGAGGCAGAAAAUGGCAUUGAUUCAAGGAGUGGAAAAUCCUGUUCUUCUAGUGUUACUGGUAUUUCUCCAGAAGACAUCAUCACCUAUCGACAGAUAGCUCUUGAUCUACAAAGGUCAUUUCCUUCUCAUCGCUCUCUUAUGGGAAAUAACUCUGAAGCUAUAGAAGGGCAAGCAAAGUUGUUUCGCAUCCUCUUGGCAUAUGCAAAGUACAAUACUAGGACAGGCUACAGUCAAGGAAUGUCCUAUAUUGCUGCAAUGCUCCUGAUGAACUUACCAGAGGAGGAUGCAUUUUGGACAUUGGUUGCCUUACUAGAUGGGCCAAAUUAUUUAGCUGGACUUUUUGAUCAGUCUCUGCUGAAGAUUCAGCAUAAUGCCAAAAUAUUUCAAGAACUACUAAAGCAUAAACAACCACAGCUUUACCAACAUAUUGAUAGUCUGGGAGUGACAGCUUUGCAUUUUGUUACACCAUGGUUCUUGACCUUAUUCACUUCUUUGCCCUGCUGGGAUACAGUUUUGGCAAUAUGGGACCUUAUUAUGCUUAAAGGAAUAUCUGCUGUAUUCGGUGCAGGUUUGUGCAUUAUGCAACUUCUUGAGUCCCGAUUGUUGGAAAUGUCAGACUUGAUACUUUUGCCUACUCUUCUGCGAGUUCCUGUUGAUGUCUGCAAAUACUGCAUUUUCGUUCCAGUCUUGUGGAAAAAUGAAAUAUAUCAGUGGGAGAUUGACUGCAUGGAAAGUCUGGUUCUUGAGGAGGAGGCAGCUCAGUGUCUUGAAGAACGGAAGAGAAAGAAAACACCUCACAAAUUGUCCCAGUUCUUUAAAGAAAAAAAACAAACGUUUUUGCCCGUUUCCCAGCAAAAAGAGUCUAAACAGUCUACUAACAGAGCUCCAGAUGGAUUCUCAAAGACCAUCUUCUCAAAAUUACUCAGAGCAGCUCAACGUUAUUUGGGAGAUCCUACCCCAGCUGCUGAAUCCCGACAGAAAAAGACGACGACUCCACACAGAGGUUUUCUUGUCCGAAACUACUCAAGACGACGUUCUUCUACAUCUUCUAGUAAAGGGCAGAUAUGGGUCAGAAAAAAUCGGCAGAACAGCUUUAAGGAAAGUAAACGCAAAGCUAGCACCCAAGGUCUAGCAGCCACAGAGUCAGAAACAUCUGCUGUAGUCUCAGUUGGAAACACGGUAGAAGAAUGUAACAAAGGUUCAGACAUGGAGAAGAAAAUGACAAGAGGUUCCAAAAGGCUAAAUGUCAAGAGAUGUCCAAGCCAGAGUGGCCUUACCAAAUCACAAAAGCUCUAUAGGAACAAGGAGCUAUUAUCACCAUUGAAAGCUUAUCAAACCAAGCAGGCCAGUUUAAAAGUAAUGGCAGAUGCAAGUGAGUCAAACUUGGAAAGUGCUAAAAACUGAGCCAGAAGCUGUCACUAGAUAUUGGCCUCCUAACAAGAGAAUGAGUGCCUCGAAGAGUCCUGUGGAAUCACAGCUAAUAGCUGCAAGAGUCAAGUAACAAAGUUUACAUUUAAAUUGGCCACAGAUAUGGAAACUGUAAGAACAAUCUCUGUUUUGUUGUUAAAUGUGCACUGUAACCAUAUAGGGUCCCCUGAGGCUGCUGCCUUGAGUGACUGUAAGAUGUACAGUACUGGGAAACUCUCAUCCUGAACUGAAAAUUAGCAGAGACAAGAAAGAUCGAGAGUGAAUGAGUGAUGGCAACUUGAUUGCCAUGUUCUGUAUUAUGCUGCCUUUAGCAACCUCUUUCGUGAUAACAUUAUUGCUCAAGACAUGCAGUGUAUUGUGAGCACUGCGAGCAAGGAGUUGUCAUUCUGCUAAGCACUCAUUCAUUCCCAGCACAAAGGAUACUCCAGGGAGUUUUACUUUCUUAAUGCACCUAUUGCCUCUUCUUUCUUCAAAGAGAAACCCCUUAUUUCAGGAUGUCAUCAUGCAUUUAGAGAAGAUGAUUUAUUUUAAUUAGUAUUUUACUACAAUGUUAUUAAAGCAAAGCAGAAGUUAUUUAUUGUUAAUAUUUCAUUAUUAGUACAGUAAAUAGUUACUCGUGUAAUUGAGUAGUUGGACUGGUUCACAUGGUCUGUCUCGGAAAUAUUCAAUUA